GGAGAAGAUAACAUAUUCUCAAACAUAAUAUUUUACAUAAAUACUAUUUUCUAAUAAAGGUUAAAAGAAUGAGAAUUUGUAGAGCGAAAUGUGAUGGUAUUCCCAGUUUCUCAAUUCUCCCUUCUGUUGGGUGUUUUCACCGCACUAUCACUUGUCGCAUCUCAAUCGUGCAUCACGCGAGUGAUUCUUCACACCAAAGAAGUUUGUUUUCAUGAGAUAUGCGUCAACAUGACAUAUACCCGUCUCGGUGUUCAUUGCCCAUCUCAGAAAGUACCUGGUGUAUCUGCAACUUUACCAAGCUACAAAACAAGCAAAAUUUCGAGCUUGAUCUCUUCAAGCUUUGCAGUGAGAAAUUCAUCUUUAAUCUCAAGCACAAGCAACUUAGUAACACUGACAACAGGAGGCAUUGCAUCUAAUAUACCCCUAAUGAACUCUUCUGUUGUAAGCAUAGAAAUUGGUUUACAGUCAAGCGUUUCAUUAAGUUUACCCACUGAAAUGAUUAGUUCAACUUCAAUUAGAACUGGCACAUCAAUUGGAAAUGGUACAUCAGUUAGAACUGGUACACCAGUUAGAACUGGUACACCAGUUAGAACUGGUACACCAGUUAGAACUGGUACAUUCAUUAGGACCAGUACAUCAAUUGAAACUGGUACAUCAAUUGGAGCUGGUACAUCAAUUGGAGCUGGUACAUCAAUUAGAACUGGUAAACCAGUUGGAACUGGUACUUUCAUUAGAACCAGUACAUCAAUUGAAACUGGUACAUCAAUUGGAACUGGUACAUCAGUUGGAACUGGUACAUCAAUAAGAACUGGUACACAAGUUGGAACUGGUAAAUCAAUUAGAACCAGUACAUCAGUUAAAACCAGUACGUUAGUUGGAACUGUUACAUCAAUUGGAACUGUUGCAUCAAUUGAUAGCAGCAGUAGAGGAUAUAGUGUGAAACCAUAUAUAUCAACUUUGAAUAAACACUCAAUUACGGUACUGUCCACACUGACCACACCACUGCAUUCAAUAAGAAGUUCAAUGGGGAAUAUUUCUAAAAUGUCAACAACCGAUGUUUUUAGUAGCAAUCACUUUACAGCGACAUCUUCUAAUGUAACACCUUCAAUAGUUAACACAAGAAUUUCAAUAUCUAAUACUAGCAAAUCAAGACUUCAAGAAGGAAGUACCAUUACGAAAAAUGUUUCUUCAAUAUCAUUAAAUACUGUUCUACCAACAAAUCUGGAUACAAGUGUACCAAUAAUAUCUAGUACUUUACUGUCAACAAGUCCGUCUUAUACCAUUGUCAUUGUUUCAACAUACGUACCUUGUUUUGUUACCUAUACAUGGAAUUCUAGUGUAUUAAACACUAGUUCUUCUUCUGUAGUACCUACACCCACUAUCAGUCGUAAUCAUUUUUCAAUGUAUUCAACAACUAGAAAGAGCAUCAAAUCAUUAACUUCUAUGGGUAUUAAUUUUACAACAACCAUGCCAUUAGAUCGAUCUAAAGCAACCAGUUUUAAAAAAUCAUCUGAAUCAUCUGCUUUGCUUUCUGUACUGCCUUCUAGAACAAUGGCUGACUCUUCUUUGGGUCAAUCCAAAACUACUUUUUUAACCUCAUCAGCAUAUCACAGCAGUUUAUUGGCUAUAAAGCCUAGUACUGUGGAAGAUAGCUUUAUAAUAUCGUCGUCCUUAUCAAGAAAAUCGUCAGAUAAUCAAACAGUGCAAAGAAGGUCAACCAUUGCACAAUCAUCUAGUCAUGAACUUGAAACUAGUGUGUUAUCCUUUGGAACCGAAAGAAGGAGAAGAGCAAUUGAUUCAAACAACAAUUCAUUAUCAAAUGAUAGUGUUUUAUUAAAUGCUACACAGAGUACCAAUUUGUCAGAUGUUUUGUCAACUAGUGUGAAACCAUCAUUUACAACCUUUACAAUGAGCACAACUAUGCAGACAAAGCUUUUAUCAACAUAUAAGUCCCUUGUAACCUUAUCCAACCACAACUCAACAUUAUCCAACCACCCUUCAACAUCCAAAGCCCAAAGUACAGUCACAAAUUUUAGUUUAACUUCAAUGUCAACCAGAAAGUUUUCCACAAACUCUAAUUCCACUUUAUAUUCAAACACAAGUGGAGCAACCUCAAUAUUUCCCCAAUCACAAAAUUCAUCUGUACUUUCAACAACUUCAAAUAUCUUCUUUACGACAGCAGUGGAAAAUUCAUCAAACUUGUCGGAGUUUAUUGCUGUAACAGAGACAUAUCUUGGGUCAAGUUUUAUUUCAACACUUGUGAACACAAGGGUCGUCAUUACAAGUACACCAAAUACCGGUUUAUCAAACAUCCUGUCUACUGCUGCAGUCAAAUCAAGCUUUUCGAAGGUUACCACCGUAAUAAAAACAAAUAUUGAAUCAGGUAUUAUCUCAAUGCCUGUAACCACAAGGUCCUUUAUUACAACUACAUCAAAUACAGUUUUGUUGAAAAAUACCUCAACAUCAAUACCAACGUCGCUGGUUAAAAAUUUGUCAUCAAAAAUCAUUGCAACAUCGCUGGUUAAAAAUUUGUCAUCAACAAUCAGCCCAACUUCGCUGUCCAAUAUUGCUGUUCACACAUCUACCUUAAGCCUUUGUUUAUCAAUUUACUCAACAUUGGUUCCUGUUUUUACAACAAAAUUAUUUCCUUCAAGUUCAAUGUCAGGUAUUGCUUCUAAAAUAACGCAUUUCACAAGCACCCAUUCACCAUCUGAACACACAGUUGCAAUUGGAGUGGUGACAACUCAACAUCUUUCAGCAUAUACACAAACGUACCCCUAUUCAUCAUUAUACACAAAAGGUAAUGUCCCACACACAAAUGUUCAGAGUCUGUUAACAUCAUUUACGCCAUCUCAUUCUGUUGUGUCUUCCAUUUUAAUGUUAUCAAACAGUACAUUUCAUACAGAAACAACUAGCCUUAGACGAACAACAGAAACACAAACUUCAAGAAACAAAGAAACAACAAUAACAAAGGUUCUUAAUAGCCUAUCGACAAGUUAUGUGUAUAAAUCUUCCGAAAUUGUUGUUUAUUCCACAAGAACUUUAUCAACUGGUGACAGACUGUCAUCACUUACUGUACGUACUGUUAAAUCCAUGUUUACAAUUUUCAGUAGCCAGUUGACUACCAAAUUGACAACAUACGAGUCAUUGAGUACACCAUCCAUUCAACCAACAAGAUCUUCAUCACAAAGUAGAGAGAUUCAUACUUUCUCCUUUUCAGUGGCACCUUCUAAAUCAAUGACAGUAGCUUCUACAACUCCGGUAACGACUGCUGAGCCAGAAACAACAGCAAAACCUGUUAAUAACAACUUGAAGAUUGUCAUAAAUGUGCAUCCAUCUGUUGAUGUCACUACAAGAGCAUUUCAAAGUGGUCUUGAAAAGAAAUUAGUUGAUACCUAUGUUAGUUUGAAAUCAUUUCGAAAACGAAGAGCUGUAUCAAAUGGUGAUGCAACUGUAAAUAUAAUUAAUGUGGCGAGAAAUGGAGGUACCAAUGUUGAUGUUGAGUUCAGCGUACAAGAGAAUGGUAUUGUUAUACCUGCAGGAGAUGCAGCCAAAGUAUUUAACUACCUGAGUGAGAGUGGACUUCAAAAAAGAUUGGGAUACAAUGUGAUUGGCCCUGUAACAUCAGUGGCACCUUCCAAACCUUACACAUUGCAAGACGUUCUAGGUAUGGUUGUCGAAGAGAAUGCAAAUACAAAUAUGACAAAUUCAUCUGUUCAAGCAGAAUUUCGACGUCAACUUGCAGAGUUUUAUAAGAGAGGUCGAAAUAUUGCUGCACAAGUUGAAGUGACGAUUAUUUUUUCAAAGCGUGAACUGGGUGGCAUUUAUUACCUUGAAAUGUAUUUCACAGUCAAUGGAUCCGUACAGAAUGCUACACAUGUUGCUAGCUUCUUCAACAGCACAUCAUUGAAUAGUGUAGACGCAGCUGUUAAUGUGAAGGCUGGUAGUCUCGCCUAUGUUGUGAACACAAGAUUCUUAACAAUACGAGAAAACGUGGUGCGGAUGACAAUCAAGCCAUUAGUGAAGCAAGAUGUCACCACUUCUGCAUAUCAACAAUUCAUCGAGUUGAAAAUAUCAGAAAUCUUCAUGUUAGGUAAACACAAAAACCGGAGGCGCAGAGCGGUCAGCAGUGUCGUCACACAAGUCAGUCUCAUAAUGCCAGUAAAUACUGAUCAGGCAGAGGUAACGUUUGUUACUGCAGACCAAGGAGAAGUACAGAGUGGGCAGAAGACUGCUGAUACGAUGAACAGAUUGUCCGCUGCAGAAAUGCAAGCAGUUUUGGGGGCCGAGGUGGUGUCAAAGCCUGCACCGCUUGUUACUGUUAUCCCCGUUUCAACAUCUGAGCCGCCAUAUUGGAUAAUUGCAGCUGCAACAGCACCUGUCGUUUUAAUCGCUUUACUAUGUUGUUUGGUAUGUUGGCGUUGGAAGAGAGGUGGUCCAAAGCCAACUCCAGAAGAGGUGGAGAUGGUUGAUAGAACUGCGAAACCUGAGGCCUCUCCAAGAGAUGUGGUUGAAAUAGAAGAAACAAAAAUAAUAAGCGAAAAGAAGGAAAUGACAAUCCCUCUGCACGCCACAAAUAAUAAUAUUCCAAGGCACAACGAUGAGUUAAAAACUACAACGAGAAGGAAAGUUCGAGGAGGUUUUAAUAAAUCGUAUGGCAGACAAAAUCGAGCUUAUGAAGAGGAGAGCGAACAGGAAGAUGAUAUCGAAGAAGAGGCAGAGGAAGUUGAAGAGAGUGAAGAAGAAACAGAAGAUGAAGAAGAAGUGAUAAUAGUGAGAAAGUCACCUGCACAACAAAAACAUCGGCAUCAUCAUCAAGACAUUGAAGCCAAACGAAAAUUAGAAUAUGAGAAUAAAACAAGAAGAACUCCGCCACAAAAACCACCUAGAACACCCAUUCCUGCAUCUCGCCCGCAUGAAAGACAACCUUUGGAACUUACAGGCUCUACGAUGGAGGACGAUGAGUUUAUUAAACCAGUUCACGUACAGAAUCUAAGUUAUUCAGCUGGCCAUGUACCUACUUUCGGCAACAUGACGGAGAGCAAAGGCUUGACAUCCAACACUCCAGUACGAUUUCGAACAAAUAUUGAAAACAUGGAGGAGUUCACCAAGCCAACUGGUCCGUUACCAUUGCUUGAUUUUAAGCAGACAUCGUUGAUAGCCGCUGCUCCCGUUACACUUGAUCCUGACUUACAACACAAGGCUGAAGUUGAAAGACUUCGAAACAAGCAGCGGCAACGUGAUCACAUGGUUUCCACUGCGUUCUCAACAAGUACGCGUAAUUCCAAACCACCUGAAAAUCGCUGGCAACGCGAGCAGGACGAGAUCGAUGCAGUGUUAGAUCCUGCAAAUGCUAAAACAAUUCCCAAUGCGUCUACUCGUAAAGGAAGGAUACGAAAACGUCUGAGGAGAAAAAACAAAAUAUAUAUGGCACCUACAGAAGGAGCGCAGAAGAAAGAGGAUGUCCUAUUGAAAAGCUUUCAACAAUUUUCGUCACCACAGAAAGAAUCGGUACAAUCACCGGAAGAUGACGCAGAAUCCGAUGCUGAAUCUGAAUUAAGCAUGCGCGAAACGAGUCGUCGCAUACAUGCGUUGUUAGAUGAUACCUUCACUACGUUGAAGAAGUACCAAAAACACCUACCGAAAGAGGAAUCGUCGGGAAAACCAAAGCUGGAAAGCGAUACUAGCUUUCGAAGUUCUACUCCUCGACGAUAUGCUGGAAUGCCACCAGCUCUUCCUGAGCCUCCUCCGGCUCAUGGUAGAGCUACUGCUGCGCCAUCAGGGUUUGGCAAAAGAAGGGAGGUGGCAUCAAAUCCUUAUGCGAAUCCGUACAACCAAUACCCUGUGUUGGCCGAACCCAUGGUAACUUGGGAUCCACUUGAAAGACAAAGAUAUAUUAACCAAAGAUUUGGGUAUCCUGUGUAUGGACCUACAGCAAACACUUUAACAAUGCCAUACGGAAUGCCCGGACAAAAUGUGUACAUGACGCCUCUUCAACAACGCCCUGAUGGUAUGGGUGGAACGGUGUGGAGUCCCUACGCCAAUGAAAAUAUCACAGCCAAUCCAGCAUUUAAUCAUACCGCAAUGGGUUUACCUGGUCAAAAUUCUUUACCUCGAAACUUGAGAGACGACGAUUUUAAGCUAGCUCACACCACCACACUCGACAUGGAUGAUUUUGGCGAGUCGAAAAAAAGCAACUCGCAACCAUUAAUAAGAGCUAUCAAAGAGGAACUUCUGAAGUUAUCACAAAACGCACAAGGUAAAACUAAAAUACAGGAACUGCAACAAGCCAGCGUAGCUCCGAACAGCUAGCGUAAGAUGUGAUGUUUUUUAUGCGAAUAAAAAUCCUCUGUGGUGGAGUACUUGCAUGCCACGAAGAGUCGCGUGACAACCAGUCCAUUUAUCAGUUCUGCGUUUGUUUUUUUUACCAGUGAAUUUAUUUUUUAAUUGGUGCUUUUAACACUUUACGGUAAGUGUGUAAAUAUAUAUAAAUAUAAUAUAUAUAAAUAAAUAUAAUUUAUUAAUUUGCUACGAAAAAUUAUUUUAAUAUUUAUGGUUUUAGUUUUAUCUACAGAAGCAAUUGUCAAACAGAAAAAGCAAGGGUUGAGCUUUUUCAGACCCAGGUGAAAUUUUUCAAGUUUUCUAGCCAUAGUGUGUCAACAAUAUAAGACUAUAAUGAAUACAGUUCAUCCUGUACAUGCGGAUAGAUUCUAAUGCUCGAUUGGCAGUGUAUAACUAAAUACCUUAAGGGAACUUAUUUUGGCGGGAACUAAUUUUGGCGGAUUUGGCGGAUUGGGGCAAAAUCCGCCAAAAUUAGUUCCCGCCAAAAUUAAAAAAUCCGCUGACCCGCCAAAAUAAGUUCCCGCCAAAAUUAAAAAAAAUCGCCACCCGCCAAAAUAAGUUCCCGCCAAAAUUAAAAAUUUCGUUGAUCCGCCAAAAUAAGUUCCCCUUAAAAAAUCGACAAAAAUCAACUUUUUUUCAAUUUUUUAUAUCUUUUAGAAAUAUACCUUUGCGCUAGAAAUAUUAUGUCAUAAUAAACCUCUAAUACAAGAUAAUUUUUAAUCAAUAUUUAUGAUUUCUAAGUCCUUGCUUGACGAUGGUGACGACUUUUUAGGUUUGUUGUUAACUUUUUGCCUUUUUGGGGCUGGUGCAGCUGAGGUGUUUCCAAAAAAGUUUCGAAUAUCUUUUUGCUUUUUCGUCUCUUUGCUUUGGCUUUUGGCUGUAUUUUUUUUACGCUUUGGUCUCUCUUCGGUUGGAACCACGACAUCUAAAAUAACUGCAAUAUGUAAGAACGAACCAAGAAUCAAUUCCUCUUUCGGCUCUGUAUACAAGGCUUCUACAAGUUGUUGGUAUCUUGCAAGAACCAAAAGAUUGUUUACUGUCCCUGGUAAAGUAACAGUUAUUUUACAGGGGAUCUCCAAGCCUCCUUGAACGAGAGGUGAUCUUCGAUAGUGUACACUUGUCAACGUGGAUUUCAUAGACGCUCCUCUGUCCAGAAGAAAUUUUGUAACCCUUGAGAUUUCUUUGGGUAAAUGGCCAACUGGUUUGUCAUUUCCGAAUUCACAAACUUUGAUUGCAAAUCUAUCGAAAACAUUGUUGUUCUCAUGAAAGCAGUCCAGUGAUUGAUUUUCCUCAGGUUUCCAAUAAGUUUUAUAAUAAUGGAAUCCUCUGACAGCAGCUGUAAA